AUCAACAGCCGCCAUCUUGGAAGGAAUUGGUCGUGAAAUUCUAAAUUUUAAAGCCGAAAAUACGUAAUAAUUUGGAAGAUAGAUCAUUUUUGAGGCAUUCAGUGAAUCGAUGAAAGUCUAAUCAACAGUUUUAAUUCUACAAAGUAGAUCUUGGACGGAAAUUAACCGAGAUAUGAGGAUAAUUCCAACCGAGAGCCCCGGCUUUGUAUCGUGAAGAGGAGUGCAAUAUAUUUUGGAAAUCCCGAACUCACUUUUUUGGAUAUUAUGUUGUUUGAAAUCUCAGAAUCGAUUCAAAAUGGUUAAAUCCAAAAUUAAAACUGUGCAUUUCUAAUGAUGGAUUGAAAAAAGUGUUAUUAAUAAUUUGGUUAUUUCGGAAAUUUCCGAUUCCAAAAAAGAAAAAAUGGCCGACGCUGGAGAUGGUCCUCCGAACAAGAGACAAAAAAUUCAGUCGCCCGCACUGACACCAAAUGGAAGUGAAUCAGAAUUCAACUUCCUCCUGGAUAUGGCCAAUGACUUACCAGAUGAGCUGAUGACAACCAGUGACAAUUCAUCUGCACAGAAUGGAACAGAUCCAUCUCAACAUAAUGUUGGAAAUCAGGAUAGUGCGAGUCAAAGACAUCAACAACUCUCACAGCUCUUGUCAAAUGUGCCGACUCCAGCUAGUAGUGCAAAUAGCAGUAUUGCCAAUACCAACAUAGGCAUGAACAAUGCUCUGAACAAUGCCGUUAAAAGCCCCUUGUCAAAUAAUUUACAAUCACCUCCACAUGGACUUGUGCAAAACAAGCCAGGACCUCCGGCAUCUUCUCAUUAUCCAUCAGACAGUAAUACAUUUGUGUCAAGUAGUGCAUCAUUUUCAUUAGCUAACUCAACAUCCUCAUCAAUAUCAUCCAUGUCAAUGCCUAGUUCAAUGUCGAAUAUGCCGGGAAGUAUGAAUUUGAACUCAAUGUCGCAGUUAAGUGUUAACAAUAUUCCCCAUCCACAAAAUCAAAUGAUGAAUGGACCUCAGUAUGCCAUGAAUGGCACAGGAGGCGUACGGCAGCCCCAGGUGCGUGGAAUGAUGAUGCAAAACCAAGGCAUGCAGCCGCAAGGUAUGAACAAUAUGGGCAUGUCUCAGCAGAAUAUGAUCGGCGGUUUGAACAAUGCGCAGAUGUCACGGCAGCCCAUGGAUCACGCUGGCAUGAUCCCAAGUUCACAGCAACAGAUGAUGAAGCCUAAUGGACCAUUGGGUGGAGGUGGCGGGUUUACAGGCUAUAAUCAGGUACAGGGUACAGGGCAUCAGCUACCGGUGCCCUCGUCUAACUACAAUACAAACACAAACAACAACAAUCCCUCUACCGUUCUCUCGUCUAUGUCCUCUCCACCACCGCACAGCAUGCCUGCCCAUAACCCUAACACUCAACAGGUUCCGCAGACGCAACCAGUGCCCCAUACUGGUGUUCCCGGUCCACCAGGGGCUCCCGGUCAGGCUGCAGCCACUCAACCGCAGUCUGCAGAUCCUGAGAAACGCAAGCUGAUACAGCAGCAGCUGGUGUUACUGCUGCACGCACACAAGUGUCAGCGCCGUGAACAGAAUAAUGGAGAAGCUUGUUCUCUUCCACAUUGUAGAACAAUGAAGAAUGUUUUAAAUCAUAUGACAACUUGUAAUGCUGGAAAAUCAUGUCAAGUUGCACAUUGUGCGUCAUCAAGACAGAUCAUUACACAUUGGAAGAACUGUACACGGCAGGACUGCCCUGUAUGUCUACCUUUAAAACAUGCGUCUGAUCGUCAGAAACAGCCAGGCGGUAAGCUGAAUAUCGUGUAUCCAACUGAAGCAGGGCCUCAGCAGACGAAUACAACUGCAAAUACAGGGCCUCCAAGUGCAGUUAACCCUGUAGGACCACCUGCAGUACCUCCAGGAAUGAAUGAUGCCCAACUUCAGAAGGCUUAUGCUGCCCUUGGGCUACCAUACAAUGGGAAGCAGGCCUCUAGUCUUCAAGCCAAUCCAAACAGAGCUCCAAAUAAUAGUCAAGUGAAUUUAGGACUGAAUACGGCAGGUCAAAACACAGCCAGUCAGUUGUUGGGUAACCAGAACAACCCGAUGAAUUCUAUACUGAACACAAGUAGUGCAUUGUCCGGUAAUGAUGGUCUGCAGAUUAUUGCCCAGACAAACCGAGGAACGAAAGAAUGGCACCAGAGUGUCACACAAGACUUGAGGAACCAUCUUGUCUAUAAAUUAUUUGAUUGCAUAUGUAGGGUGCAGGCCAUUUUCCCCACACCGGAUCCAGCUGCUUUGAAAGACAGAAGGAUGAACAAUUUGGUAGCAUAUGCAAGAAAAGUUGAAGGCGAUAUGUAUGAAACAGCCAAUAGCAGGGAGGAGUAUUACCACUUCCUGGCGGAGAAAAUUUACAAAAUUCAGAAGGAACUUGAAGAGAAGAGAAUACAGCGCCGAGAACUUCAGAAGCAACAGUUACCUGGUGAUACAACUGGUGCUGGAAUCAGACCACAAACCAAUGGUCCUAUGUCCAAUCCAUUGUCAACUAUUGGCUUGCCAGGUACCGGCAAUGACCCAUUUGGAAAUCAGCCAAAUAUGGUGACGCCGAAUGUAGGUCCAAGGAUGCCAGGGAUGCAGGCACCACAUCCUAGGUCUACACCACCUUUGAUUAAUAUGUCUGGAAAUCCAAACCAGAUGAAUAUUGGACUGAACACGAGUCAGUUUGACACACUGGGUACAAGGAUGCCAGGUCACGUGAUGAACCAGCAGCAGCAGCAGCAACAGCCCCAGCAACCACAACAGCAGCUGCAGCCACAUCUUCAGCAGCAUCAGCAAACCUCAAACCCUAACCUAAUGGCCGGCAAAGGGCCGCGUGGCAUGUCCCCACAGGUACAUCAGGGGCCAAUGGGAUCGACUCAGUCGCAGAUCCAGCAGUCCCUUCCCGCAAGUAGUAACUUGGCAUCAAUGGCUAGUCGGUCUUCUACGGACACUCUUGUCUCAUCAGUACAGUCAUCAUUGGCAACUACAUCAUCUAUUCAGACCAGUUUUGGCAUGGACCCACUUGCAUCUUUAAGUGGAAGCCAAGAAAAGAAAAUCAAGUUAGAAGGUACAAUGGAUGUAAACACCCAGCCCCAGACGUUGUCAGAGGUGUUGUCAUCACCUAACCCGGCAUCCUCUGAACAGGGACCGACCAUGUCAACAACAUCUGUAGUCACAUCUUCAUCAUCUUCCAGUGCCAUUACUAGCACACCAUCAAAUGCCAUGGACAUCAAACCUGAAAUUAAAUCUGAAAUUAAAACAGAGGUAAAACAGGAGCCAGGAAUGACAGAUGUAAAACAAGAGAUACCAAGUGUUGAUUCUGCUGCUGUUACCACUCCCAAAACGGAGCCAAUGGAUGGUAAUGAUGACAUUAAACCAAGUCCCAUGGAUACGAGUCAGGGCAGCACUACACCAGUGCAGUCUCCUGCACCGCCAAAACCUAAAGCUAGAAAAAUAUUCAAACCAGAUGAGUUGAGACAAGCUUUGAUGCCAACAUUAGAGAAGUUGUACAGACAAGACCCAGAGUCUCUACCAUUCCGCCAACCAGUUGAUCCUGUAGCCUUACAAAUACCAGAUUACUAUGAGAUAGUGAGAAAGCCGAUGGAUUUGUCUACAAUAAAACGUAAACUGGACACGGGGCAGUACAAAGAUCCCUGGGAGUAUGUUGAUGAUGUUUGGCUGAUGUUUGACAACGCCUGGGUCUACAACAAAAAGUCUUCUCGUGUAUAUAAAUAUUGUACUAAGUUAUCCGAAGUAUUUGAACAGGAGAUUAACAGUGUGAUGCAGUCAUUGGGUUACUGUUGUGGUAUCAAGCAGUCAUUCAGUCCGCAGGUGCUUUGUUGCUAUGGUAAACAACUGUGCACCAUUCCAAGGGAAGCCGUCUAUUACAGUUAUCAGAACAGAAAGAGGGAACUUCUGUCUGAUAAAUACACAUACUGUGAGAAGUGUUUCCAGGAGAUACAGGGUGAAGAAGUGGAGCUCAUGGAUGACCCUACACAGCCAUCUGUGAAAGUACCAAAGGAUCAGUUCACAAAACUUAAAAAUGAUGUGCUAGAAAUGGAACCGUUUGUAGAUUGUGAUGAUUGUGGGAGAAAACUACAUAAAAUUUGUGUGCUACAUUUUGAACCUAUCUGGAACAAUGGGUUUACAUGUGAAAAUUGUUUAAAAGCAAAAGGAAUGAAAAGAAAAGAGAAUAAAUAUUGUGCAAAACGAUUACCUGGUUCAAAGUUAGGUAACUAUUUAGAGAAUCGCAUCAAUACAUUCUUAAAGAAGAAAGAUGCCGGUGCUGGUGAAGUGUCUAUAAAAGUGCUAUCUAGUUCAGACAAACUUGUUGAGGUCAGACCUCUCAUGAAAACAAAAUUUGUCGAUACUGGUGAGUUUCCAGAACAGUUUCAGUACAAAGCUAAGUCAAUGUUUGUAUUUGAAGAAAUUGAUGGAACUGAUGUAUGUUUCUUUGGUAUGCAUGUCCAGGAGUACGGCUCAGAGUGUCAGUUUCCAAAUACCAGACGAGUGUACAUCUCUUACUUAGACAGUGUCCAUUUCUUUCAACCCCGGCAGCUUAGAACAGCAGUAUAUCAUGAGAUUCUCAUAGGCUACUUAGAAUAUGUCAAGUCCCUCGGAUAUGUGUGGGCCCAUAUUUGGGCAUGUCCGCCAAGUGAAGGAGACGAUUAUAUAUUUCAUUGUCAUCCUCCUGAAAUGAAAAUUCCGAAACCGAAACGUCUACAGGAGUGGUACAAGAAAAUGUUAGAUAAAGCACUUAUUGAAAGAAUUGUUAUAGAUUAUAAGGAUAUUUAUAAAGAUUCCAUAGAAAAUAAUGUACUGAAAGUGUCUGACCUGCCAUACUUCGAGGGUGAUUUCUGGCCAAACGUUCUUGAAGACAUUAUAAAGGAACAAGAGGAGGAAGAGAAGAAGAAACGAGAAGAGGAAGAAGCCGCUGCUGCUGAAGCUGAAGGCUCGGCUGGUGCCGAUGAAGCUGAAGAAACUACUGCAGUGGAUGCACAAGGGAAGAAGAAAGGCAAGAGUCAGAAGAAGAAAAAUAACAAAAAUAAGAACAAUAACCGAAAGGCAAACUGUAAGAAGCUCAAUCUCCCUCAUGGUGGCAAUGAUCUCACUACUAAAUUAUACUCUACCAUGGAGAAACAUAAAGAGGUUUUCUUCGUAAUCCGACUUCACACUCAACAAGCCGCUGCCAAUCUACCCCCAAUUCUUGACCCAGACCCUCACAUGAGCUGUGAAUUAAUGGAUGGUCGAGACGCACUACUUACACUUGCUAGAGAUAAACAUUAUGAAUUCUCAUCGUUACGGCGAGCCAAAUAUUCCUCUAUUGCUCUGCUGUAUGAACUGCAUAAUCAGGGAAAAGAGAGUUUUGUAUACACGUGCAACACAUGCGAGGCCCAGGUUGAGACUAGGUGGCACUGUACAGUUUGCCAGGACUUUGACUUGUGCAACACCUGUUACCAACGAGAUGGCCAUCAGCGAGAUGGCCAUCAUCACAAAAUGGACCGUCUUGGUUUUGAUCUCGAUGAUGGGUCAUCAUCUGGAGAUAAACAAGAUCCUCAGGAAAAUCGCCGCCAAUCUAUUCAGCGGUGUAUUCAAUCAUUGGUUCAUGCAUGUGGGUGUAGAGACGCUAAUUGCCGCCUGCCUAGUUGUCAUAAGAUGAAACGUGUUGUGGCGCAUACAAAAGUAUGUCGCAAAAAGACAAACUCGGGUUGUCCAAUUUGUAAACAACUUAUUGCACUGUGCUGUUAUCAUGCGAAACAUUGUAAUGAACAAAAGUGUCAAGUGCCAUUUUGUCUUCAAAUUAAGCACAAGUUGCGACAGCAGCAGCUUCAACAUAGGUUACAACAGGCCCAAUUGAUGCGACGACGUAUGGCGACGAUGCAGAGAAGCCAGAAUCCCGCACCUGCCAUAUCUCAGGCUAGUGCUGCGCCAACACCUCCAAUGGCUGGUAAUGCCGGUGGAGGUAAAUCAGCAGGCGGUCCUCCACCAGCAGCCAUGCAGGCGGCUCUCGAAGCCCAGGAAGCGGCUCAGAGGCAAGCAGGAAGCAUGGGUAAACCUGGAAUAGGAGCCAUGCCUCCACCUAAAGCCAAACCACAGGUUACGACUGUAGGGGUGAUGCCACAAGCCAGCAUGACUCAGCAGUGGUCUCAGCCAACUCAGCAGAUGGCACAGCCACAACAGCAGCCACCCCCUCAACCUCAGACCAUGGCACAGUCUACAAUACCGCAGAACUUCCAGCAGAAUCAACCAGGAAUGGCCCAAAUGAGGCCCAUGCAACCGAUACAGCAGCGCAUGCCUGGGCAGAACCCAGGUAUGGUGAACAUGAACCCUGGUGUAGAUAUGAACUCUGGUAUGACAGUCAAUAGACAAAUGUUACAGAGGCCGCAGGGUCAGGGGGCACCAAACGAGGCCCUAGAGCAACUUCUACGUACAUUGAAAUCUCCAACAUCACCUCAACAACAACAGCAGGUGAUUUCCAUUCUCAAGGCUUAUCCCCAACUGAUGGCAGCUUUUAUCAAACAGAGGAAUCCACAGCCUGGUCAGAUGCCGCCCCGCCCACCUAAUCAACAAAUAGGUAUGCCCAACAUGCAGCCGCAGAACCAGACAUUAACGCCACAGCAGCAGCAGGAGAUGCUGUGGCAGCAACGUAUGCGACUGCAGGCCCAUCAGCAACAAGCUCAGCAACAACAACAACAGCAACAACAACAGAUGGGUCAGCAGCAGCAGAUGGGCAGUCAUUUUCCUGGUACAUUUAACCAAGUACAACAACGAAGUCAGAUGCAGCCAUAUGGGCAGCAGAGAUUCCAGAAUGACAACAUGCAGCAGUAUCAGAACCCGAACCACCAAAUGAUGCAACAGGUUCAACAACAACAGGCACAAUUAAAACAACAAAUGGUGGGUGUGGCAGGGGGUCAGCCUGUCAAUCCGCAACAGAUGCUAUCACAGCAAAAUGUCAACUCGAAUAUAAUGCAACAGGUUCGAUCACCCCCAUCAUCUACGUUACAUCAGACUGUUCGCUCGCCACAACCCACCCCAUCACCGCGCCAGCAGCUCAAUCCGUCGCCACGUCAACCCCAAAUGUCACCCCAUCACAUACCUCCGAAUCAGUCACCACACCCUAAUAUGCAGGGUGCGGGUGCACCCACAGACUAUAAUCAAAUGAACUCGGAUCAGGUGAUGUUACCCCAGUUACAAUCUCACAAUAGUGUGCCUCAAGUGCAGAACACGGGACUUGAUAUAGGUCAUAGUUUACCGCAGGACACUGAAGUGAAUCAGUUGGCGCCACAAGACCAAUUAUCACGGUUUGUGGAGACGUUGUAGCAGGAGUGAUACUAGAGCUUAUGUAAUUAAUUCUGUAUGUGACUGUGUUAACUUAAUCAGUUGUUCAAGGAUUUACGGACAAAAAGUCGUUGAAAAUGUGUGUGUUUUGUGGAAUAAUUUAAGGCUGAUAGAUAUUUCUUGUUUGUGUAAUGUAAAAAAAAUAAGAUAUAUAGAGAUUGUUUCCAUUAAUUUUCAGUUUUUCAUUUUAUGUUCCCAGACUUGAACAAAAAAGUGUAUAUGUCUUUAAAAGAGCUUGUAUGUAUGUAUAGGUUAAUUACAAAAGUCUGUGAGAAAAUGUAUAAAAGAAGAUUCUAUUUUUAGUUACUGAAGUGUACAGAAAUUUCAUUUCAAGAAAAGUCCAUUUUAUAAAUAUUCAUGUCAUUUAAGUAUGAUUAUUAUUGAUAUAUUCGUACAUUCACAAGUCAACCAUUUCCAGCAUCGAUCAUUGCAAGCCGUCAGAUGUUUUCUCCCCGACUGUCGUUUAAUCUAUUUUCACAUGCUCAUUACUGUGUAGAUAGAUCAGUGUAGUUUUGUUUUUUGUAUGGUUUAUCAAGCGUUUGAUGCUUUUUUAGUAAUUAGGUGAUGAAACAAGAUGGUGUUUUACUGAAUUUCGGGCGUCCAUGCUUUUCAAAUGUUAAAACUUCCUGUCUUUUUACAGUUUUUUUUACUAUUUUGUUCGAAAAGGGGUCUGUGUAUGUAUUGUAUACAUAAUUGGGUUAACAUACAAACUUAAACAUAUGCAUUUCUUAUUUUCACGCAUUUCUGUCUGUGUACUUGGGUUAUUCUGUAAUGUUUUUCCUUUUAUUGAUCUGACUAGGUUUAAUAAGGUUAUAUAUACAUGCUCAGACGAAAGCAAAAAGUCAGAAUGACAUGGCUUGUACAAGUUUUAAACCUGAAUUGUAGAAAUUUUCCAAGUUGUAUUUUCGUUUAUGAUGACUGGUAACUUUUUUUUGUCAUAUUUUUGUAAAGGUGUUAGACAACAUCAUUUGAUAAAAUAUUUCCGAAGGUGUUUUUAUCAGGCAGAAUCUGUGAUGAUUUUUUGGUCAUAUUUAUAGAUGAAAAUGUUUUCCAUGCAUAAUGAUGAAAGCUAGAGUGACUGAAAUUAUUACUGUAAGAAGUAUAAAUUCCAUGACCUGUGUAUAACAUUGUCGGUAUAACAGUGCAUAUAGACAGGCUCGGCAGGGUCUGAUACAACCACACCCAUCUUAAAGGGGCCGUCGUCCAGAUUUAUGUGAAAUUGUUUUUAAAUAUAGAAAGUGCUUUGAUUAGUUAAUAAUUGUUAUAAAAAGUGAAAACAACAUGAUUUUUGUAUGUUUUAUGCUGUAUUUUACUGACGAAAUCAGUUUGUAAAAUUGCGGAAGGGUUCUUUAAUAGGCAUUGUGAUUGAUUGAAAAUUGUCUGAAAAGAAAAGGAAAAUAGAGGUAUGAAAUACCAUACUCCAAAUCAUUUAAAAUGAAUUUUGAUUUGUAUAUGUUCAAUAUAAGUUGGGUUUUUUUUAAAGAAAUCUUUCUUUGAUGUUUAUCUGGAGGUUUGCCCCUAUAAGAACACCCUUUCUUUAAAAAAGAAACAAACAGAAAAAAAACAACAUGAAAUGGUGCAAUAUUGGUAGAAGAUUAACUUGUUGCAGCUUUUUUUGAGUAGAAAAUUCUUUGUUCUUGGAUUUCCCAAGUUGAUCUUGGUUCUUGCAAACUGUCAAGCUGUGAUUUUAUUAUUUUUUGUUCACUGUAACUUCAGCUAAGCCUGUUGUGUCCUGUCAUAAUAUGUAAAGCAAAAAAAAAGACUGGUUCCUUUAUUUCUAAAUUAUUUAUAUUUCCAACAUUUUUACUGCUAGAAGUAAAGGAACCAGGAUUUGGAAAAAAAAACCCUGUUGACCCUAAACCAAAGGACCCAUAUAGGGUUUUGCUUGUUUGUAAAGUUUUGUAUUUUUGUCAAGAAAUCACAUAACGUCGGGAGUGCUGAUGGUCACUUGCAAAUAAUGUAAAAAAAAUAAACAUUACAUAUUAUAAAAAAUCAUUUUGUUUUAUUAUUUUGCUCAAUUGCUAAUUGAAUGCUAGUUGAUGUACAGUAUCUGUAUAAAAUACACUUGAAACAAAUUA